AUGGAGAAGGGUUCAACCCCCGAAGCCCUUUCUGCUUUUUCCGCUUUUGUGUUGGGUGCGGUUUCGAAGAGCAUUGCCACCCUUUUGACAUAUCCAGCAAUCAGGUGUAAGGUCAUGAUCCAGGCUGCAGACUCCAGUGACGACGGGGCUAAGAAAGAGCGACAAAAAUCCCGCAAAACAAUAUCUGGUGUUCUUCAUGCUAUUUGGAGAAAAGAAGGGGUGCUGGGCUUCUUUAAGGGAUUGCGGGCUCAGAUCUUGAAGACUGUAUUGAGCUCUGCAUUGCUUUUGAUGGUAAAGGAGAAAAUCACUGCAACCACUUGGGUACUUAUACUUGCAAUCAGAAGGUCUCUACUGCUAACAAGGGGUACGAUAACGGGUGGAUGA